AUGAGCGAGGCUGGCUUCAGAGGUGGGAGGCGGAUCCCCACACCCUUCCCUCCACCCAAGGACCUGCAUCAGAACAGGUCAUCUCUCCGUCUGGUGGGUAGCGAUGCUUCCUACAAGCUAAGUCCAUACGAGAUGGAAGCCCUCAAUGCUAUGUCUGUUUAUUUUGUACAAGGUGUGUUCCUCCACAUCUGUUGUAUAGAACUUAUUUGUAACACGCCCCAGAGCAUCAAUAUAUCUAGUUCAGACAAUCACCUAGACAAAUUCACCCUCCCGCAUUGUCUCUUUGAUCUCUGUUUUGGUUCUACACUGGCGUUACAUCGAUGUACAUCGAGACCUCUUCUGUCACACUCCAAGUCUAGAUUCCGUGACGGUGUGUCAUAA